UGUGUUGCAGCCAUGACGCGCGAGGAGCGUCAGGCGCGCGACCAGGCCAUGGCGGGCGCGCGGCGCCGCUCAGACCCGCCGCCGUCCAAGCGAGCGCGCACCAUGGAUCCUGACUCCGACCGGUCGGUGCGGCCGGGCGAGCCGGGCUGGGUGGCGCGCGCGCGCGUGCCGCUGCCGUCCAACAAGGACUACGUCGUGCGGCCCAAGUCCACCAGCGAGGUCGACAUGUCGCGGACAAGCAAGAAGAAGAUGACGCGGUACGAGAAGCAGAUGAAGAAGUUCAUCGACCAGAAGCGCAUGAAGAGCGGCUCGCGCCGCGCCGUCGAGAUCUCCAUCGAGGGCCGCAAGAUGGCGCUGUAGGCUUCUGCGAUUCACGGCCACAUACGAGUAGAUAGGGACUUUGACUGAAAACUUUCAUUAUUGUCGUUGGCCGAGAUUACGGUUUUGUAACGUGACGGUUUAACCGAUCGCUUCGCGUGAUCCAUUAUUUGCAUUCUAUAGUAUAAAUAGGACCGUUGACGCCGACAGUGAUUCGUUUAUUGCUUCCUUCCCCUCCGACUUAUGGUAAUUACCGCUGAAAGGAGACUAUUUUUUCUAUUUACUUAAUUCCAUGCAACUUAGUUACGUCGCGUCCACCUUAAAACGCAAUGUAUCCAAACUGGAUAAGUUUUAUGACAUUGUAAGCUCAAAAAUAAACGUAUCAAUAGAGUAGCGAAUCAUCGGAUUUGGCAAUAAUAUUUGCGUGUAUGUAUGUGAGUCAAUGUAAACGAUAUCCCGGCUUUGUUUUCGUCUCUUCGAGAUUCUUCCGAUAAGUAUAAUGGCGGUUGAAGUAGACAUACGAUUGUCGAUUGUUCAUUUUUCAUUCACCAUAAUGAUACUUGUUAGCGACUUGUACAUAUUUGUCGUGUCGCAUGUCGAAGUGUUUACUCCUAUUGUGCAAUGAGUCUCGCGAGUCAUGGAUAUUACCCUCUAAAGAGAUUACGUGUAAAAAGUUUCUUUACUCAUAUUUAAAACUUUGUAUUCUGUUAAUUGAUUUCAUACCAAGUAGUCAUUACUGUUUUAAUGCGUCUACGUCUACAAAGAUAAUACGUAGUAGUUGACCAUAACACAAAUACUGAUUAUUAUUAAACAUUACAUGGUCAAUUUAGGAUAUUCGAAUAUGAAAUUGAUGUGGAGCGCGUUUUAUAUUUAACAAAAUUGGGGUUUUUAAGGCGAAGUAGUUAAAUGAAUAUGAAUGUACCGCACAAAGAACAUCGCAGUUCUGUGCAACGUUCGCCCGACUUGUGAUGUUGUGUAAAGUAAGAUAAUGACUAAAAUAAACAUUAUUAUUAAGUAA